CUCCUCCGCAAAUUGCAUCUUUAUAUCGGCCUGCCUAUUGGCAUUCUCUUCCUGCUCAGGUUUCCGGACAGAAGCAGCCUAAGUAAUGCCAUUAGCGCCAACCUGCCCACUGACUUGAACGUGCCUCGCAAUGGAGCCAACGCGGGCGACCAGCGGAAUCAUCGCGUCGUACGUCACUUUCGAGAUCCGCAGCUCGCUCCUUUACCAAAGACGGGGCAUCAUCGCCUUUCUAGUCAUCGCCUGAGCCUCGCCACUCUUGUCACAAGCUUCAUCUCAAGCUAUGCGGGACUUAUCGCGACCAGAGUGCUGAUCGGUGCUGCCAAGUCAGGCUUCGUUCCAAUCUUGGCAAUCUACCUUGCUGACUUUUAUCGGUCCGUGAGCUGUGCGAGCGCUGAAGACAUAUGGAUGCACACAUAA